GGCAAGCUCAGUUCCGGCGAGUAGUGGCGUCGGUUGCUAGGAGAUCGGUAUUCUUGGCAAUAGGGAACACUUUGCAGCGUUUAUGUUCCCGUUUGUACGACGAUUACUACAUCUGUGUAAAUUAGAUGGUGGAAUUACUUUACGUGCAUGAUAUUUCUUCUUGGCCUCUUUUCGUCUGGUUGUUAAUAUGAUACUUUCACGUGCCAAGCCCGCUGUGGGAGGAGAGGCAGGGCAGAAUGAUAAAAAGAAGAAAAAAGGGAAGAAAAUUCCUAAACUAGAGGAGUAUCUGUUACAGAAAGAUUACACAGGAGCGAUCACAUUAUUGGAGUUCAAGAGACAUGUUGGUGAGAAGGAAGAUGACACAGACUUAUGGAUUGGAUAUUGUGCUUUCCACUUAGGAGACUACAAGAGAGUAAUGGAGGAGUAUCUUACAUUAACAGAGCGAGAGGGCUGCCAUCCUGAUGUUUGGGUGAACCUGGCAUGUACUUACUUCUUCCUAGGGAUGUACAAAGAAGCUGAAGAAUCCGCUUUUAAAGCACCAAAAAGUAGACUGCAGAAUCGUCUUUUAUUUCAUCUGGCUCACAAGUUCAGUGAUGAAAAGAAGUUGAUGAGCUAUCAUCAGAACUUGCAGGAUAUCACAGAGGAUCAGCUUAGCUUGGCUUCCAUUCACUACAUGCGGUCCCAUUAUCAAGAAGCAAUAGAUAUCUAUAAGCGGAUUCUAUUGGAUAACAGAGAGUACUUGGCUCUGAAUGUCUAUGUUGCCUUGUGUUAUUACAAACUGGAUUAUUAUGAUGUCUCCCAAGAAGUUUUAGCAGUCUACCUUCAACAUGUGCCAGACAGCACUAUUGCACUAAACCUGAAGGCAUGCAACCAUUUUCGUCUCUACAAUGGGAAAGCAGCUGAGGCAGAGCUUAAGAGUUUGAUGGACAGUACCUCUUCUUCCUUUCAGUUUGCUAAAGAACUCAUCAAACAUAACCUGGUUGUAUUUCGAGGAGGAGAAGGGGCUUUACAAGUUCUACCUCCCUUGGUAGAUGUCAUACCUGAAGCAAGAUUGAAUUUAGUUAUCUAUUACCUGAGGCAAGAUGAUGUCCAUGAAGCAUAUAAUCUCAUCAAAGAUUUAGAACCCACUACACCACAGGAAUAUAUUCUGAAGGGUGUGGUGAAUGCAGCACUGGGACAAGAAGUGGGCUCGCGGGAUCACCUGAAGAUUGCUCAGCAGUUUUUUCAACUUGUAGGGGGCUCAGCCAGUGAAUGUGAUACAAUUCCUGGGCGUCAGUGCAUGGCAUCCUGUUUCUUUCUGCUUAAACAAUUUGAAGAUGUUUUGAUUUACCUAAAUUCUGUGAAGAGUUAUUUCUAUAGUGAUGACACCUUCAACUUCAACUAUGCCCAAGCAAAGGCAGCUACUGGAAAUUACAAAGAAGCAGAAGAGGUAUUCCUGAUGAUUCAAAGUGAAAAGAUAAAAAAUGAUUAUACAUACCUGAGCUGGUUGGCACGCUGUUAUAUCAUGAACAAAAAGCCAAGGUUAGCGUGGGAACUCUAUCUGAAAAUGGAAACAUCAGGAGAAUCUUUCAGUCUGCUGCAACUAAUAGCUAAUGAUUGCUACAAGAUGGGCCAGUUUUAUUAUUCUGCCAAAGCCUUUGAUGUGCUAGAGAGACUUGAUCCAAAUCCAGAAUACUGGGAAGGAAAACGUGGAGCUUGUGUGGGCAUUUUCCAAAUGAUCUUAGCUGGCCGUGAACCUAAAGACACCCUGCGUGAAGUUCUACACCUGCUGAGGAACACAGGAAAUCCCCAAGUGGAGUACAUUAUCCGCAUUAUGAAGAAAUGGGCAAAAGAAAACAGAGUCCCCUUCUGAACAUGUUGGACUUCAAAUUCCUCAUUAUUUUAAUGUAAUCAAAACAAAUUGUUCAGUAGCAGCUUCUAAAGGCUUUACAAACCCCCUUUACCCUCACCAAUUUGUUAACACCUUUCGUAGCUUUGUCUGUAAUCUUUUAGAUCUCAAAAUGCCUUACUUGAUGUCAUUUUCAACAACUAACUCCAGGCCUUAGAAACAUAUGGUCUUAUAAAAGCAGAGUACAUUUAUCCCCAAAGUCACUGAAACACACUUCAGAAUCUCAGGUUUAGUCCUAAAAAAAAAAAAAGAGUACUGGAACUACAUGAUUGCCUGAAUUAAAUACAAAUUGCAGUUUAGUAUGAA